UCGAGUUGUCCCCGGAACCCGAAGCCUCCGACCCGGUACGCGACCCCUUCGCCUCCAAUUCUCGGACCGCGAGCGAGAUCGCGACGCGGGGAUAUAUUGCUACCUUCAUCCUCUCACCUCGAAUCCCUGGGUCACCUGGAUCUCAGCCCGGUUUCUCAGCUCCCUUUCUCCGUAGAUUCAUUCGCCGCCGCUCGCUGAUUCGAAAUCGGCGCCGGGGAUUGCUUCCAAGGGACAUCAGCUGAGGUGCCUUUGCAAUAUACGGUUUCGUGCUCAUUCUUGCAUUCUAAAGAUGGACUUUUUAUGCAAGAUCAGCAGAUAUGGCUCCGAACCAUUCUCCAUCAAGCAAUUGCCAAAGUAAGCUUACACCAAAUUCUGGACCUCGCGAUUCAUAGGAGCCAUAAUCGUGCAAAAUUCUCAUUUUUUGACCAAGUGUUGCAGGUUAUUGAGUCAAAUGCAGACAUAUCUGGAAGAUGCUCCUGUUGGUCAUGGGUCCCCAAAGACUUCAAAAAAUAUUCGUAAAAGGUCAUUUGAUGUUGCUGAUGGUAAUGCAAAUGACGUGAACAAUCAUUCUACUGCAAGUCCUUCAAAUCAUUUGGUGCUUUAUGACCCUGGUACAAGUGGUACCAGUCAGGAUGCUCAUGCAGUUAGUGAUCUCAUGGAUUAUCAUACUUCAACAUCUAGAAACUUCCUAGCACCAAUUUCUUCUGGCCGUACUUUUCCAUCCAUUGGGACAUUUACAGUCCAAUGUGAUUUAUGUUUCAAAUGGAGGAUCAUUCCAACAAAAGAGAAAUAUGAACAAAUACGUGAACACAUAUUAGAAGAGCCUUUUAUAUGUGAACAUGCUCGUGAGUGGCGUCCUGAUAUUUCAUGUGAAGAUCCUGAAGACAUAUCGCAGGAUGGCAGUAGACUCUGGGCAAUUGAUAAACCUAACAUCGCCAAACCACCUCCUGGCUGGGAAAGAUUGCUUAGGAUCAGAGGCGAAGGAGGCACAAAAUUUGCAGAUGUGUAUUAUGCUGCACCAUCUGGGAAAAGAUUGCGGUCAAUGGUCGAGAUUCAAAGGUAUUUGCUUGAACACCCAGAGCACGGACAAGGGGUAACUCUCUCUCAGUUUUCAUUUCAGUCCCCUAGGCCUCUACAAGAGAACUAUGUCAGAAAACGUCCUGCACGUUUGACAAAUUCUUGUAAUGACCCUGAUACAGUACUGCCAAGGCCAACUGAACCUGAAGAGGUGAAUCCCUUAUCUUGGGCAGCUCCUCCUACACAUAAAGAGCUUUUAACUGGUGGACCAGCUUCAUCAAGUCCUCGACAAAACGAAGACCCAACACCGACGGCAGCUACACCUUCAUCAGAACAAAUGUGUGGUAGUUCUCUUAAUGAUCAACCCAAGAUGAAGCUAGAAGAUGGUGACCAUUCCAGGAAUCCUUUUGAGGUGUGAUGCUUUAUUCUGAUGUUGUUGCUAUUUUGGUUUCUUCUUAACUUUAAUGUCAUGGAGAAUGAAGGAUUGUACAAUACAUGACAAUGUUUUAACAGGGAGGUGUAUUUUCUUAAACUUUAA